UCUCUCUCAUUUAUUUCCAUCCAACCAAACACAACCAAGUUUAAAGUGACUAAAUUGUAAAGUGAAAAAUCAUUGACCGUUAGAUGAUGAACUACCACCAUCUUCUUCAUCAAUCCACUCAAAAUCCGCUUCCAUGGAAUCAAGAAGAAGCAAUCAGUACUAGUAGAUUCACUUUCCGACGGAGAUGGAUUCGUCUGGUUUCAGCACAUGUGGUUGUUGCGAUUGCUCUUUUCGCAAACACCUUGGCGCAAUGGCGGUUCCUUCACCGUCAUCAAAUUAAUAUUCCGUAAAUUGAAUUCAUGAAUGGUUUCAAAGUUACCUAAAUGAGACUUCACAGCAAGAAUUGAAUCACAACAAUCAUCGAUACUUAAAGUUUCAACUAAUUAAUAGAUUUUAGGGCCUGUUUGGAUUUUCUUAUUUGAGUUUAUCCACUCACAUAAGUUUAGUUAGUUAGGCUGUUUGUUUAGGAGGACUUAUGAAAAUAGCUUAUCAGUUAUCACAAUUUUCUUAAGUUUGUUUCAGCUUAUUUUCAUAAGUUCUCCAAUAUAGCUUACGAAAACAGCUUGUAGCCAUACCUCCGUGUUUUCAACCUCUCACCGGCACAGCACCCUUGCAUUGCAGCCACAGUGCUCAUGCCAAUAACUCUUCAUCAGGUGUCCCUUUAUCGGGUAACACUGCAUCUUGUGACUCUGCAUUUAGUAACCUUGCAUUUGAUAAUCAUGCAUUUGGUGAUCCUGUAUCUUAUAACCAUGCACCUAGAAAUCCUGCAUCUCGUGAUUCUGCAUUUGGUAACUUUGCAUCAAAUAACCUUGCAUUUGGGGGCCCUGUAUCUGGUACCCCUGGAUCUAGUAAUCCUGCUUCUUGUGACGCCACAUUUGGUAACCUUGUAUCUAAUAACCCUGUGGUGGAGAACGGUCCUAUGAAGUGCCGACAUUGGGCUAGGCAACCAGGGGCUACUGGUGCAAAUAAAAGGAACAGUUAUAGCACUUGGUUUUUUUAGGAAUCGUAAACUUAGAUGGCACUUUCUUGAGAAAACGCUAUCUAAGUUAAAUUCUCCAUAACUCUUAGAUGCACUACCUAUUGUUAAAUAUUUUGCAAAAGCUAGUGAUUUGUCUUUUUUACAAUUUUAGAUUGCACACACUCAAAGAAAGCAUUAUCUAUGCAUCAAACAUAGAUAACACUUGCUUAACUAUGCACCAUCUCAAUGCUCUAUGUUAUGUGUAGUACAUCUUCAGGCAAACACUAUUAAUAAUCUUUAAAGUCAUAAACAGCAAUAUGAUUUCUGUUGUCUUUGUCACAUAGUCAUGGAUAAGGAUACUGAUGACCUUUGCUCGUGGUUAUUCUCCUAUAUUAAACCUUAUUCCAAUCAUAUGGGAAUACUAAGCAAUUUGUUUACUGGAGAAGGUGAUUGAAUGGCAAAAGUUUGUUGGCCGUACUUCGAUCCUGAGUAUGAGAACUUCAGCAGCAGAAUCAACCCUCCAAGGGUCUCUAUGGACAAUGAUAGUUGCCAUGAUUGUACACUGAUCAAGAUUGAUAGUGUCAAUAAACCUGGAAUUCUGCUGGAAGUCGUGCAAAUCUUGACAGAUCUUGACUUCAUAAUUACCAAAGCUUACAUAUCUUCUGAUGGUGGAUGGUUUAUGGAUGUAUUUCAUGUUACGGAUCAGCAAGGGAAGAAGAUAACAGACAACAAAAUUAUUGACUUCAUUGAAAAGGCUCUAGGACCAAAGGGCCGCCAGAACACAGAAAGUGUGAAGAAUUGGGCAGGCAAACGGGUUGGCGUGCACUCCAUUGGGGAUCAUACAGCCAUUGAGCUCAUUGGUAGGGACCGCCCAGGUCUCUUGUCUGAGAUAUCAGCUGUCCUUGCCAGCCUCCAAUUCAAUGUGAUUGCAGCUGAAGUUUGGACUCAUAACAGGCGAAUAGCAUGUGUCCUUUAUGUGAAUGAUGCUACAAAAAAAUCUAUGGAUGAUGACUCAAAAAGAUUGUCAAUUAUUGAGGAGCAGCUCAACCACAUUCUACGUGGAUGUGAGAAUGAUGAGAAAGUGGCUCGGACCAGUUUCUCCAUGGGUUUCACCUUCACCCACAUGGACAGGAGGCUCCACCAGAUGUUGUUCGCUGAUAGGGAUUAUGAGAGUGCUGGAUUAACCACAACAAAUGUUGAUUGUCCUCCGUCUUUCAGGCCAAAUAUCAAGAUAGAACGUAUUGAGGAAAAAGGAUACUCCGUUGUUAGUGUGAGAUGCAAAGAUCGGGCAAAAUUGAUGUUUGACAUUGUCUGCACUCUCACUGACAUGGAAUAUGUUGUUUUCCAUGCGUCAAUCUCAUCCGAAGGCCCUUAUGCAUCACAGGAGUACUUCAUCAGGCACGUGGAUGGUUGCACACUUGACACUGAAGGGGAGAAAGAAAGGGUCACCAAAUGCAUUGAAGCUGCUAUUCAAAGAAGAGUAAGCGAGCUAUCUGCUUGUAUUGUUGCGAACGGGUGUGAGCCUUGAGCUAUGUGCAAAGGAUAGAGUGGGCUUGCUGUCUGAAGUGACUAGGAUUCUACGCGAGAAUGGCUUGACAGUUUCUAGAGCAGGUGUGUCAACCAUAGGAGAGAAAGGACUAAAUGUUUUCUACGUGAGAGAUGCAUAUGGAAACCCUGUCGACACGAACAUCAUUGAAGCAUUGCGUAAAGAAAUUGGUCAGAGUGUGAUGGUCAAUGUGAAGAAAGUACCAGCCAACACCAAAGCGCCAGAAACGUCCCGAGGAUGGGCUAGAGUAAGCUUCUUCUUUGGGAACUUGUUGGAAAGGUUCUUAACUUAAAAAGACUUGAGAAUAAUGCACCUGAGGCUGAUUCUGAUUCUGAUUCCGAUUCUUGUUGCUUGAUUUGUAAAUGACACAACAGAAAUGUAUGUAUGAGAAUAAAGCUGUUGUGUGUCAAACUUGGACAGUGCUUGAACUUGGUCCUUUUGUUUUAAUUUUAAACCAAACAAUGUUUGUAAGA